UUUGCACCGACUUAGCGGCAGAGCCGCCGCUCGCACCGCCGCGAAGGGAGCCCGAUGCCAAGCGACGUCUCGUACUUCUUCGGUGGCCCCCUGGCCAUCAACAUCUUCAUCGCAGGAGGUGCGCUCAACCUCGUGAUCUUUCGGUCCAUGGGAUUCCCGCUCGAGAAGGUGUUUGGCAUGCAUCCUGACGAAAUCCCGACGCCGCGCGGACUCAUCACGUUCGUCGCGUUUCUCACGACGCUCCUCGGGGCGUUGUACUACGUGUUCAAGCUGCAUACAGUGGCAUUGAUUGGGCGAUGCCAUGAACUCGUCCUUGUCGUGUACUGCGUCGUGGUUCUGGUACUGUUGACCCUUCCAUUCGACGUUCUGCAUCUCAAGUUCCGUCGAUUCCUCGGCCGCACGCUUCGUCGCUGCGUGUUUCCCUUGACCUGGGUCACCAGCGGUGGCCUCGUGUUCGCUGAGACCGAAACCCCGUUCGUUGAAGUGUACAUUGCUGACGGGCUCACGUCGAUGUCCAAGAUCUUCGGCGACAUCGCUGUGGCUUUGCUCAUGAUGUACCAAUCUGUUCGCGGCAUCCACGACGACAUGUACCAGAGCAAGAUGAAACAUCAUUUGCUCCCGUGUGUCGCGACCGCGAGCCCGUACAUGAUACGUGGGGUGCAGUGCCUCAUUUCGUACCAUCGCGCCGCGGUCGUCAACGACAAAUUUCUGCAUGUACUCAACACGUUCAAGUACGGCACGGGGCUGUGUGUGAUUCUCGUGGGGGCGCUGCCGAUGCUGCUCGCGCCGUCGUCCAUGUCGGACCAGCGCCUUCUCGACACGGACACGCUCUUCCUCCUGUGUGCGUGCUGCAACUCGCUCUACUCGCUGUUCUGGGAUGUCGUGAUGGACUGGGGACUGGGCCAACCCCCCGUGCCGGGUCACGACCCGGCCGACAGCGAUACCAACGACGGCCAUCCAGGCACGUUCUCGUCGCCGCCGCUGUGGAAUGCUUCCGAGCCCAAUGACCAUGCGUACCUUCGCCACACGCUGCUGUAUCACCCCCAACACGUGUAUUUCGUCGCGCUUGCGGUCGACGCGAUGCUGCGCGUGCUGUGGGUAACGUCCAACUGGCACUGGGCCGAUGUCGUUGGCGCCGAUUUCAAGAUGGUCGCUCAAGUCGCCGAAGUGUGCCGUCGUUGCAUGUGGAACUUGUUUCGGGUCGAGUGGCAGUGCGUAAAGCUCGGGUUGCGGACGAGCUACGAUGCAUCCAAGCGCCAGCCGUCGGGGUCGUCCAAAGGAGCAUAUCACAAACUGCCGCAUGCCGAGUCCGCGCCGCUCUCCCCUACGUCGGCGUCGCUCAAGACGCCAACGAGCCCGACUGUCCCGCGCCUGGUCAAGUCCAAAUCGAACGAUGAAAACCUUUUCAAGAUGGGCAGCUACAAACCGACCGACGGCGGUCUCCACCAUCUCCAUGCCAAACUCGCCACGGUCGACAAGUAUGUGUGACAGCCGAGGGAGCGUCGACAGCGCGCUGGCCACGCGUGGCAAAGACAAUGUAUAUAUUGAUGAUUCACA